AUGACACCUUCGACACCAAUAUCAGAUUCCGUUUCAUUAUCGUCAUCACCUUCGUCCACGUCUUCUUGGAAUGACAACAACACCGUAUUGUCUCGCCUCGCUUAUACUAUGCGGGACACUCGAAUGAAGGUCGAAACAAAAACGUUGGAGCUCAACGCCACCAUGCAAGAAAAGCUACCCGAAUGGAAACUACGUGGCGCAAUCUACAGCAAUAUGGCUCGUGAAACAGGCAUAGAAUGGAGUCGUCGUGGUAAAGAAGCAGUCGAUCGCUGGAAAAAGGAGUUUGCAGAAUCAACAACACCGCCACUACCGCCACGACGUUCAACUGAGGGUGUGUUUGGGAUGCCUCUAGAACAAGCUGUUGCCAUGACAAGACUCGAUACCAUGGUUCCUGCAAUCGUACAACGCUGCAUUGACUAUCUGGAUCAGCAUGGUAUACAUGAAGUUGGCAUAUAUCGAAUCACUGGAAGUCUAAGUAUGAUCCAAAAGUUCCGGACCAUGUUUGACGAUGGAUCGGAUGUGGAUCUUUCGAUAUUACAGCCAGAUCCCCAUGUGAUCAGUGCCUUGUUGAAGACUUAUUUACGGGAAUUACCACAUCCUAUUAUCUCGGUGGAUAUUGGCAAUGAUGGCGAUUUCUCUUCUUCUACCGUGCGCAAGAUUGUCUCUCAGCUUCCUGUACACAACGUUUGCCUUCUUCGCCGUCUUUGUAGACAUCUUAAAAACGUCGUCGAUCAUCAAGAUGAAAAUCGCAUGUCAACAUCCAAUCUUGCUGUCGUAUUUAUUCCUACCCUCAACAUUUCUCGUGCCUUGUUCCAUUGUAUGAUUGAUCAGUACAGUGAAGUAUUUGCACCACCACCGCCUCCACCAGUACCUCGGAAACCACAGCAUAUCAAAACGCAUCAGCCAAAGACACUUUCAGAUCCAAAUGUCAUGGCCACGGUUCGCAUACCACCAGCCAAACCUACCCGAGCUGUGAAGCCAUCGCCAUCUUCCUCUUCAUCUACACAACAUAAACCACAACAACCUUCGGCCAACAGAGCAAUAGAUACGCGUAAACCACGAUCCAAAUCAAUGUCGUCCAGUACUGCCACUACCAUCACUACUCCGCAUACUCCAGUUGUACCUUGGCGACGGGCUGGUAGCAAAGUAGAAGCCAUUGGUCGACAAUUUGAAAACAGGUGA